AUGGCUCUGCUCUGCACACCUACAAUGCAUCACAGCCGUCUGGACCCCUCGGGCCUGUCCUCCCAUCCCCUGGUCACUGUGGGCAGUGGAGGGAUGGCCACUCAGCUGCUGCCUGAUGAGACCCUGGAGAUGGUGACAUUUCGGGACGUGGCUGUGGACUUCACUCAGGAAGAAUGGCAGCAGCUGGACCCCGCUCAGAGGGACCUGUACAACGACGUGAUGCUAGAGAAUUUUCAGAACCUCAGCUCACUGGAUUUGGAAUCCAGGUCUAAGAGUGACGGUGUAGAGGGUGCUGUCUCCAUGGGGCUGUCCCCGUUGCUGGAGUUAGAAGAAUUGGGAAGGGGCCAUCUCUGGAGCUUUGCCUCAGGAGGAGUGGGGAGACUGGAUAGCUCCUCAGAGAAUCCCCUGGGAGAGCCGGGGACCGUUCUGGGGUCCCCAAGAAUUCCAGGAAGCGGGGGAACCUGGAAAGGUGGCCUGGACAAAUAUAAUAAUUUUAAAACAAGUUCUGAUUCAGGGAAGCUGCCGUGGGCCCCCAGAGGAGAGAAGGCCUAUGCGUGCAAAGACUCCGAGGAGGCCUUCAGCCGGCAGUCAGACCUGGCCCAGCACCAGCGCAUCCAUACUGCCAACAAACCCUUUGCAUGUGCCGAAUGCGGCGAGUGUUUCGGGACGCACAACAUCCUGGCUGCGCACCAGCGCCUCCAUACGGGUGAAAAGCCCUUCGCCUGCUUGGACUGCGGUAAAGUCUUCAGCCAGCGCACCAACCUCAUGGUGCACCAGCGCACGCACGUGGGUCAGAGGCCGUACAGGUGUGGUGAGUGCGGCAAGGCCUUUGCACAGAACAUGCAGCUGGUCGGCCACCUGCGCACGCACACGGGGGAGCAGCCCUACAGGUGCGGUGACUGCGGCCAAGCAUUCACCCUCAUCACCCACCUCAUCCACCACCAGCGCCUCCACACCGGCGAGAAGCCUUUCUCCUGCAACCGGCCCUUCCGCUGCUACGAAUGCGGCAAGGCCUUCACACAGAGCAUGACGCUGGUAGAACACCAGAAAACGCACACGGGCGAGAAGGCGUACCGCUGCCGCGAGUGCGGCAAGUGCUUCACCAAAUCGUCCGCCCUCAUCCUGCACGAGCGCAUUCACACAGGCGAGCGGCCCUUCCGCUGCGCCGAGUGCGGCAAGGCUUUCAACCAGAACGUCCAGCUGGUGGUGCACCAGCGCAGCCACACGGGCGAGCGGCCGUUCCAGUGCGCCGCCUGCGGGAAAUCCUACAGCCAGAAGGGCUACCUCGCCGUCCACCAGCGGACGCACACCGGGGAGAAGCCCUACGAGUGCCUCGUGUGCAAGAGGGCCUUCAGCCAGAAGGCCCACCUGUCCAUCCACCUGCGGAUCCACACGGGCGAAAAGCCAUACCGCUGCAGCGAGUGUGGGAGGAGCUUCCGGAAGGUCUCCUUCCUGUUUCAGCACCAGGCCAUCCACAGUGACGAAAGGCCCUUCCAGUGCGGCGUGUGCGGGAAGGCAUUCAUCCGCAAGUCCACCCUUGUCCAGCACGGACGCAUCCACACGGGGGAGAAGCCUUACCACUGCGGGCAGUGCGGAAAAUCCUUCCGACACCAGCCCACGCUGACGGCCCACCGCAGGAUCCACACCGGGGAAAAGCCCUAUGUGUGCGAGGCGUGCGGCAAGGCCUUCCGACGCGUCGGGAACCUUAACUGCCACCUGAAGAUGCAUGUCGGCGAGACGCCUCCAGGUGGACGCGGUGGGAGAAAGCUGACACCUGAGCAGCAGGUGGCACGUCUGUGA